GUAAUUAAGUACGAUGAGCAUUGCGAGAGUUGGCAAAGAGUUGGAAAGAAUGGCCAAGGACAAUAACCCAGACAUUGGUGUUAUCUGGAUAGGAAGUGAUAAGAGGAAUUUAAUUUGCUUUAUUAGAGGUCCUAAAGAUACUAUAUUUGAGGGAGCAUACUUUAAGUUACACUGUCAUAUUCCUGACAGAUAUCCUUUCGAGCCUCCAGUGAUGAUCUUUAUGACAAAAGUUUGGCAUCCUAAUAUAAGCAGCGUGACUGGAGCUAUUUGUUUAGAUAUUUUGAAGUCUAAGUGGACUCCAGCAUUAAAUAUAAGUAUCGCUCUUCUUUCCAUUCAAGCCCUUCUCACUGCUGCCGAGCCAACCGAUCCUCAGGAUCAUGAAGUAGCCACACAGUAUCUCCAAUCUCGCGGAGAUUAUGAAGCCAAGGCGAAGGAGUGGGUACAGAAGUAUGCGAAGGAGAGCAUCCUGACAGAUAAGGAGGAGAUGAUUGAACAUUGGGUUCGUAGGGGGAAGAAUCGAGAUAUGGUUAAUUCUUUUUUGGCUACGCAUCACUGGUACGACAAAGGCAUGCCCUAAAGGAAAAAAAAGUACUUGAUCAAUUUUCUUCUAA